AUGGCUCUUCACAACCAAGUCUUACUUGUCAUUUCCCUUUCUUUUCUUAUUUUUCAAUUCAACAUUGCUUCCCCUAUCCCUAUUUCCUACAUAUCAUUAUCGCCAUACGGCUCACCAUCACCAUCACCAUCACCAUCAUCAUCGCUAAAUUAUGAAAUGCCAGAUGGCAACGUUCGAUUAGGCGACAAAGAUUCGGUCAACAAAUACGUUGACUCACUUAUGUUAACCUCCCUUGCAAAAACAGAACAAUUUCUCAAUAACGUUGUUGAAAAACGUUUGACUAAUCCCGCAACUGAUGCAUUUGCUAAAGAUUGUCUUUUAGUAUGCAAAGAAGUGUACGAAAACGCAGUCGAUUCGAUGAAAAAAACAAUAGUAGAUAUUGAAAAUGGAGCUUAUUAUAGUGCAAAUGUUGACCUAAGUGCAUUGUCUACUGAUUUAGAAACUUGCCAGGAUUGUGUUAAAGAAAUUUUUGGUAAUGAUAAAGAAUUUACUACAUUUUAUGAUUGGGAAAGAAAAGUUACUGUUGAUGCCAUGGAAAAGAUCGUUGCCUUUAGCAGUUAA